AUGGGAGUUAUUGGAAACAUCAGUACUUGUGUUGUGAUUGCAAAAAAUAAAUCUAUGCAGACUGCUACGAACUAUUACCUAUUCAGUUUGGCAUGUUCCGACUUGCUCUUAUUACUCUCUGGUCUACCACCUGAGAUGUACAGGAUUUGGUCACCUGAUAGAUACAUAUUCGGAGAAGUUUGUUGUAUUAUUCAAGGCCUGGCAGCUGAAACCUCCGCUAAUGCUACUGUCCUUACCAUCACUGCUUUCACCGCUGAGAGAUAUGUUGCAAUUUGUCACCCUUUCGUGUCACACACCUGGUCGAAACCAAGCAGAGCAGUUAAGUUCGUCAUUGGAAUAUGGGUUAUAUCUUUGACAUUGGCAAUACCACAAGCUAUACAGUUUGGAGUAAUCGAAGAAAUUGAUAAUGGCGUUACUACUACCCAUUGCACAGUAAUCAAUAACUUCUUUGAUCAUGCUUUCGAAAUAUCGACAUUCAUAAUAUUUGUUGGGCCGAUGAGCCUCAUCACCGUUUUGUAUGUGUUGAUUGGAAUGCAGCUGCGGAAGUCGAGGAAUAUAGGACCCGUCAGACCCAAGUCAAGGAAAGGUGAAAAAGAACCUGAGGAGUUCGGCAGGAAGAGUGACAAAGAUGAUAGCGCACAGAAGAGAGUAGUCAACAUGCUUGGUGAGUCUUAA